AUGGAGAGACUGCCUGCGGAGCUCAAGGACGAAGUUUUUAGUCAUCUUGGGGUAGGAGACGUUGUCCGGUAUUCCGCGACUUCGCGUCGUUGCUUCGAAUACGUCGCAGACUACAUUUCUCGACGGUUUUCCGUAUUAUCACUUCUACGGCGUUUCUUCUCGACAGAUGCCACCCUGAAAUUAUUCUGUCGCGUGCAAAGAGAUCUUGGUGUCCUAGUAUCAGGAUCACAGGUCACUGGUCUGUUUACUCGUAAGGAGCAUCUCUUUGGCAGCAGCGAUUUGGACGUCUAUGUCAAUACGAAGAACGAACGUGCUUUUGUUUCUGUCCUCGGAAAGGCCGGGUACCGAUUAUUCGUGGACCUUACCAAGCCAGUGUUUUUCGUAGACAGCGACGACAACGACGAAGACAAAGUGCUGACGGUAAUGAUCCCCAAUGAAAUGGUCUUUCGGAGCAAAUACGUCGACAGUGCGAUCGCGUCUGUAAAAGAAUAUCGUAAUGACUGA